CUUAAAUGAAAAUUCCAUCCGAAAUCCCUUAGUAAAAAGACACUUUAGAAGGUAAUUCUUGGGGAAACUCCCAUUCUUAAGGAGAUCAGGAUUCAGCCUCUUUGAAAGAUGAAUUAAAUAAGAGUAUAGAGUUGGGACGCAAAAAGCGGUAGUAACUUGUAUUAGAGAAUCCUGAAUUUCAAAUAAAAUAGGAAAUUGAAGAUGAAAAACAAAACAUCAAAGUUGAAACACUCAUUCGAAGAGAUGUGGCUAGUGCUAUCCACAUUAAAGAUCUACGUAGUUUAAUAACACAUUAUUAGUGAAAUUGAAGAUUUCUUCAAAGGAUAUAAAAAAUCCGAUACACAGUUUAUUCCGAUGGAUUCUUCUAAUUUUUUAUAAAGCUGAUCCUGAGUUGUAUAAUUGGCCGGAAUUCAAAGUAAGUUAUGAUUACAUUAAUGAGGAAUAAAUACUUGAGAAGAAUCACGGCCAAGAUCUGGUGAAUCGAUUGGGAUACCAAAAUGUUGUGCAUAUCACUUAUUUGGAUGGGGAGAAGACCAAGUUCCUGUUAAACUUGAAAUAAAAAAUAUUAGAGGAAAAUGGUUAGCCUGAAGCAGCAAAGAAUGCGUUGAUAAAAAUAUUUGAUAUCGUUGAGAUAGUGUACAAAACGCACGAGCACGCUAAAGGCAUCAAUCAUCUGGUUGGUGAAUUAUUAAAGGUAAAUCAGAAUAGUAUUAUUAAUUACAAUAGCAAGAAGAUAACAUCAACAAUUACAAGGAGGAAAUCAAGAAAGUGAAUCAUCAAAUUCAAGAGGCCAAAUCAAGUCUGAAAAGUUUGGAAAGUAAAUCUUAGAAUGAUGAGAACUUAUCUUAGAACGAUGAAAUUGUAUAAGAAUGA